UCUCUUCUGUAGCCGCCCAAGAUGCCGAAGGGAAAGAAGGCCAAGGGGAAGAAGGUGGCCCCGGCCCCUGCCGUGGUCAAGAAGCAGGAGGCCAAGAAGGUGGUGAACCCCCUGUUCGAAAAGCGGCCCAAGAACUUCGGCAUCGGCCAGGACAUCCAGCCCAAGCGGGACCUGACCCGCUUCGUCAAGUGGCCGCGCUACAUCCGCCUGCAGCGCCAGCGCGCCAUCCUGUACAAGCGACUCAAGGUGCCCCCCGCCAUCAACCAGUUCACGCAGGCGCUGGACCGGCAGACGGCCACGCAGCUGCUCAAGCUGGCACAUAAGUACCGGCCCGAGACGAAGCAGGAGAAGAAGCAGCGGCUGCUGGCCCGCGCCGAGAAGAAGGCGGCCGGCAAGGGCGACGUCCCCACCAAGCGGCCCCCCGUGCUGCGAGCUGGGGUCAACACUGUCACCACGCUCGUGGAGAACAAGAAGGCGCAGCUGGUAGUGAUCGCGCACGACGUGGACCCCAUUGAGCUGGUGGUCUUCCUGCCUGCGCUGUGCCGGAAGAUGGGGGUGCCCUACUGCAUCAUCAAGGGCAAGGCUCGCCUGGGCCGCCUGGUCCACAGGAAGACCUGCACCGCCGUGGCUUUCACACAGGUCAACUCGGAAGACAAAGGAGCGCUGGCCAAGCUGGUGGAAGCCAUCAGGACCAACUACAAUGACAGAUAUGACGAGAUUCGGCGGCACUGGGGCGGCAAUAUUUUGGGUCCAAAGUCUGUGGCACGCAUUGCCAAACUGGAAAAGGCAAAGGCUAAAGAACUGGCCACCAAAUUGGGCUGAGUUGUGGUCCCUGAGGUCCAUGCUCCAGUCUGUACAUAGACAUCAUAAUAAAAGUUUUCUUCA